GAGUGGUUGUUCCAACUGCAAGUCAUCCCUGAACUAAGUAUUAUGGACAAGUGUAUAUCUUCGUCAAUCCAAAGCUAUGAUCCUGGCUUAGGGUACAAUAUUGUCCUAAUUUUGGAAGGGUUCAAGAUCGACUCAUGGAACUCCACUUGUGACAGAAGUUGA